CUUGUACUUUAUAAUUCUAACACCCGCAACCCCGCUCUCAGCUCCAUCGCUUUGAGAUUCAUAUCAAAGUUCGAAUCGAACUCUUCCACUACAAUACAAACCUCUAAUCCCUAAAUCACUUGAUUUGAGCAGAUAAUCACGAGACCACCUAAUUUGACUAAUCGAGCAGGGGAGCUACUCUUCAGCCGCGACCGCGACGGAGGAAGCAGGGGAGCUGCUCUUCGGGUGGAUCUUGUGAUCUCUAACAUCCGAAAUAGAUCUGAUUAUAUUAUGGCAGGGUACGACUGCGGAGGUCUGGAAAGUUCUUCAAGAGCGAUUUAUUUAGCAUUGCAGAUCUGGGUCGGUCUCUGGACGUGGGAUGCCAUCCCUAUGCUCUUCGGCGGUCGCAUCUGUCGGCGAAGGAGGAAGAGACGCGACGGGGCAGUGGUGGUGCUUGAGGAAGACCUCGCCGAUGCAAGCUUGAGAGGACGAGUCAUGGUUGCGGAAUCCCAGGACGACGACCACCACUGUAGUUUUUCUUCCUCUUCCCCUUAACCACUCUCACGACGAUUGAGAUAUGAUGAAGAAAGAAUCAUAGGACGAUGAAAGUUGUGCCAGACCCUCUCCUUGACAUUCCCACUUGGGUCUAGUCUUCCGCAACUCUCAAUCACCGGAAAGAGCAAGAUCCAUGGGUGAUGAAGACGGAUGAAAGAAAGGGCUCAAGAUUAG